GUUCGCGACGGAACCACCACCGGGUGCUCAGUGUUAAAUCUUGUAGAAAGUGCUUUGACGUCGCGAGUCUGCGGCCAGAACUGGUACCGAGUGGUAGACUUUAAGUAGUACGACUCGAUACGAUUUUUCCGCGAUUUUAUGCUCGUACUGUAUCUUAGAAUUUUUCGAAAACCUGGUCCCAGAAGAGAAUCAAUCAUGGAUUUAAAGGUGAUUUUAAUAGGAUUUUUGUGUUGUGUUGUGAUGGCGCAGACUGAAGAAGGCAUUGAAAAUGGAAAACAAGCAUCCAACCCACAAGCCGAAGAUGAUUCCGACAUGUACAUGGAAUCAGUUGAACCUGAUCACAAAGUGGCUGCCAGCAGCUUUGAAACUGGAGAGUGGUUUCCCUCAUUUUCAAGUUCCUAUGAUCCAUACGGUCAUCCCACUUCAGGACAUUCCAGACCAGUAUUUCACGAUAUUUACCAUCAACAAGAAGGUGCCUACAGUCAACGAAACGACCCACCAGCUCAACAGGAUUUAGCUUACAAUCAUCCGAAGGCUAAUGGAUACAAACCCUAUGUGAGGCAGCAGCAACAAGAGGUUAAGGCUGAAGCUCAACCUCAACAGCAAGUCAAAGAAAAUGCAGCUUCGAUUUUAGGAGAUGGAAACUUUGGAGUAAUCCAAGGAGGAACCUUUUACCCCGAGAAGGAUGGAUACGACAGUGAAUUGGGAGGUGCCGGUUUUGAUGACUUUUCCUCCUAUUUCCACAACGGCCAUGGACGACCAUCGUACUACUACCCUUCGAAUUCUAAGACGAAAGCCAAAAAACAGCAACAAUUUGAAAACUUCCGCGACUUUGCCGAUAUCAACAACCCACCUCAGCGCCAGUAUUCUCAAUACGUUGUGGUCUACACGAAUAAAAAUGGAACAAGAACUACGGUUCCUUCCGUGGAAGAACAGGGCGAUUAUGAAGAUGCUCAACUAGAAGCGCAAGGCGCCGAUAAAAAUCUUCCUAUCGAAAUCGACGCCAAACGGCCAAAGAACAUACUGGAAAGCCUGGCUUUGCUGGACCAAACCGAACCAUCCGAAGAUGAUCCGGACACGGAUGAUGAAAAUGGAAUGAUAUUAACUCUUUUACCAGCCUUCGAUCAGGGCGAUAUCAUCGAAAUACCACCCGAGAAGAAACAGUCGAAAUCGAAGAGCAAGUUGGCUAAACUGCUACCGGAGAAAAAGCACGAAUCGCGACAGGUGCAGAAAGCGAAAGACAUGAAAGAACCGCUGCUGGCUCUGAGUUGAUUAGUAGUUUUAGUUUAUGGCCAAAUUGUUACUGAAAUUUACAACAAUAAGUCUAGCAUGCUUAGCCAGGUAAAGUUAUAGGCAUUUCUUUAGCCACCUCAUCACUUCGAUCUGAUUUUGUGCUUCAUAUGUAUUAUGGAAGGCAAGAGAAUCCUUCGCAAUCUUCAGCUCUCAAACGAUUAAAAGUGAAAUACAUAUGUAGGAUUUUUCGACUUUGGUUUCCAACAAACUCAUGAGUAUUCAUAUUCUUCCUCUCACCAGCCUACUAGCAUGUAUUAAACGGAAAAAUUUUGGAAACAGAUAAACUGCUGUAUAUCUCUUUUGCAUAUAUCGUCAGACGUUUAUCCCAGCCAGCAAUAGAUCAUUUAUUUUCCGUUUUCCCUCAUCCCAAAUCACACUCAAUAACUGCUGCUUUGGAUGAGCCAUGGUAUUUUUAAGAAGCGUUGUUAAUAAUUGUUACACAGCUAUUUUGACUGAUAAUUUAGUAACUAAGAUAAAUUUAAUAAGAAUAAGAUAUACGCUCUAGCCUAGUAUUUAAUUAGUUUCGCUAAUGUUUAAGGGCUGAGACAAAUGACUUGUUUUCCACCAUCAGUCCAAUUAGUACAGUUAAAGUUACAGAAUCCACUAGUGGCACGAAAAAUAUAUAAAACCGGCAAAAACAUUGACAAUGAAACGACUAGCAAAAGUAGGAUUUGUGUCAAAGGCAGCACCUAAAUGCACCAACGCAAGUCGAAACAUGUGUGAAGCUGGCAAAGACCUUACCUCAACCGACCAUGAUCUAGUUUUGGCUAUUUUUGCAUACAUAUUUACCUUUCAACCAGCCUGCAUGAACAAUUAAUCUUUAUUUAAAUCGCCUUAGGUAUAAGGAAACUGUUGUUGAAUCCAUGACAAGUCAAGUGUAUUGUAGCUAAAUAAAUUUUAUUUUUUAUAAU